AUGCUUCACAAUAGCAUGUACAUUUUCCUUUUGGGCUUCAGUAUUUGUUUCUUUUUCAAAGUUUCUUGGUCAACAUCUGAUUUCAGCUUGGAAGGAGAUUACUUAUUGGGUGGCCUUUUCGCUUUACAUGAAAUUGAUGAUGUAAAACCCAUGUUCACCCCAGAGACCACUGAAUGUUUCAGGCAUACGCCCUCAAUAUCUGGCUAUCAGAUGUUGCAAGUGAUGAGGUUUGCUGUUGAAGAAGUUAAUAAUUCCACCACUCUUCUGCCCAAUGUUUCCCUGGGCUAUGACAUUUUUGACCAUUGUUCUAAUACAAAGAAUUUCCGUUCAGUCUUAAGUUUUAUCUCAAAUAAUGGAACAAUAAAACCUAAAGAAAAACUCAACAACUAUCAGCCUAAAGUGAUUGCUUUAACAGGGCCAUAUGGAAGCACGAGAACUAUUACAAUUGCACCACUGAUCACAAUGGACCUUAUACCAUUGGUGAAUUAUGGAGCUUCCAGCUAUGCAUUAAGCAAUAAACUUCACUAUCCCUCUUUUGUAAGAACAGUGCCCAGCAACAAAGACCUGAUAGAGAUGAUUAUUCACAUCAUACGAUGGUUUGGAUGGAACUGGGUUGCCUUUCUUGGUAGCCAAGACAAUUACAGUUCAGAUGGACUAAAGCUGUUUAACAAAUACAUCAACAACACUGGUAUUUGUUUGGCCUAUCAAGAGGCUCUAAGCUUAAAUGCAAACUACAGUCAAACACUUAAAAAGGUUGAUAUGCUUAACAUUAAUGUCAUUGUGGUUUUCGCUGUGCCACAAUAUGCCAUCAACAUAAUCAAAACAGCCAUAUCAGAGAACAUACGUGACAAAGUAUGGAUUGCAAGUGAAACAUGGUCUAUGAAUCAACAACUUCCAAGAGAGCCAGAAAUUAUGAAAAUUGGUACAGUCAUUGGCAUUACAGAAAGAUUGAUGUCAUUACCUGGAUUUGAUAAAUUCAUCUAUAAAGACAGGGGAACAACUAAUGUUAAUUAUAAACCCGAGAGUGAAGUCAAGAGUAAUAGAAAGACAUGUAAUCAAAAGUGUGAUUACUGCACAAUGUCGACUGCAGAGGAGAUUAUAAAUGAAAAUCCUUCAUUCUCCUUUGCUAUCUAUGCCGCCAUAUAUUCCAUAGCUCAUGCAUUACAUAAGGUUCUGCAGUGUGACAUGAAUAAAUGCCAUAAAAACACGAUGGCAAAGCCAUACAUGCUUCUGGGAGAAAUGAAAAAUCUGGAUUUUCCACUCAAUAGCCGUCAGGUGAAAUACGAUAGUAAUUAUGAUCCAACCAUCAGUUACGCAGUUGUGCUCUGGCAUACUGAUGUAAAUUCUCCACAGUUUGAAUUGGUGGGCACAUAUGAUACAUAUCCAGAAACUAUUUUUACCAUUGACAACUCUCUUAUUCCCUGGAUAAUCAAUGAUUCUAGUAACAUCCUGGGGACACGAGAGAACAGAUAUGGGAUGACGCCUUGGGUGGAACAGCCGCUUGCCAACUAUUUAUCCCCCAGGUCUGCAUCAUCCCUGAAAGCCGCAGCCACAGCCAUCCCACCAGCUCCUCUGCCUAUAGACAGGCGCAGAGAGAGAGCGUUUCAUCUAGAGCCCCCCCCCUCCCCCUCCCCUCAAGGAGCCUGGGAGCAUAGACAGUGCUCUCAGAUGAAGCCUCAUCAAAAGCAGGGCGACCUGAGGGCCGUCCUGCAGGCGAAAAAGGCUUUGUCAAAGAGAUCCUAG